GCCCGCCCGCUUCUCCACACGCGCACAAGCCUACACCCCUUCCACCCCCUUUCCUCGCUCCUCUUCCUCUGGGCGGGCAGGGCUGCAGUAAUUUUAUGAACGGUACGGCUGCAUCAUGAUCCCUUUCCUACUGAUCGAGCUCGGAGCCGUUUCAUUGACAAACAUUCCGGCUGCUGCAUUUCUGUCACGGACAGCGUCAAGAAGCGGAGCAUCACCGGGAGAGCGGUGCAGAGCAGCAGGAGGAGAGAAAGCAGCAGCUGCAGUGGUCUUCAUCAACACCUGGUGUCGUUCGCACCAGCUUAUAAGCUGUUGAUUCGCCACUUGAACCCGGACUGGAUCUUUACGCACAUCUGUUUUUCAUCUACGCUCUCGCGGGACAACCAGGAAAAAUCACCUGAGGGGGAGUCAGACAGGUUUUGCCACUCAGACCCCCAUGGGGGGGAGGGGGGAUAGGAGGCGGCGUUGUUAAAGCUCAGUUACUGGCACAUUAAUGGAUUUGUUUAACGAGUUCCAUGAGGCGCCCGGACGCACCGAUGGAGAAUUUUGGACGCUUCUUACAACCGCGGAAAACUGCGAGUCUGCAGCGGCCGGUGUGUGAUGCGAACUGAGUCGUGGGUGGCGUAGACCCCCUUCCCGCACCCCCACACACCGCCUUGUCCGCCAACAGCCCCCUCCAACCGGGACGCACUGUCUUGUUUCACUCAGUCGGGGGAGCAUGUCCCGUGCAGCGGCUAUCGCCAGCUCCUUAAUCCGCCAGAAGCGGCAGGCGAGGGAACGAGAGAAGGCGAAUGCUUGCCGCGGCAGCAGCAGCCCGAGCAACAGCAAAGGCGCAAACGAGAAGCCGAGCAAGCUGAAUGUAUUCUCGCGUGUUAAAUUGUUUGGAUCGAGGAAGAAACGGAAGAGAAGGCGACCACCAGAGCCCCAGCUAAAGGGUAUUGUGACCAGGCUUUCCAGUCGCCAGGGUUUCCAGCUGCAGUUGCAGCCUGAUGGAACCAUUGAUGGAACCAAGGAUGAAGACAGCACCUAUGCUGUGUUCAACCUGAUCCCUGUGGGGCUUCGUGUGGUGGCCAUCCAGGGUGUCCAGACCAAACUCUACCUGGCAAUGAACAACGAAGGCUUUCUCUACACCUCUGAACAUUUUACCCCAGAGUGUAAGUUCAAGGAAUCAGUGUUUGAGAACUACUACGUCACCUACUCCUCCAUGCUGUACCGGCAGCAGGCCUCAGGCCGGGCCUGGUACCUGGGCCUCAACAAGGAGGGCGGGAUCAUGAAGGGGAACCAUGUCAAGAAGAACAAGGCUGCUGCACAUUUCAUACCGAAACCACUCAAAGUGGCCAUGUACAGGGAGCCCUCCCUCCACGACCUGACAGAACUCUCACGUUCAGGCAGCGGCACACCGACCAAAAGUCGCAGCGCUUCAGCCCUUCUUAACGGCGGAGGGAAGACACCCAGCAACAACGACUUAUCCUAGCCUCUCGACCCCCUCUCACGAACACAAACACACACUUCAUCAGACAAACACACAGACAUACGCAGAUCUCAGGCUGACAGCUCACACAUCAGGCUUGUGAGGGGUAGGAUGAGUUGGGGAGAAAAAAAGGGAGAAUGGGGGUGUGUUCUUCCACUUCACGAAGCCCACUGUGACUGACUGUGAUGUAAAUAAAUCAAGGACAAUCAAUCCGUCUGGCUCUGCUGCCCUGGUGUGUGGAGGGAGUGGGCCUGUGAAUCUCUUUCCUCUUCUACUCUCCCUGCUGUAGUGUAACCAGACAGAACAUAGGAGGGAGAGAAUGAAGAAAGGGCAGAGAAAAGUCAGGCAGUCAGUCACAACGUAAGAUAAACAGACUGUUACAGAGAACCAAAGAGUCCAAGUAUUAACUAGGUUAUUGCUAUGAAAUGGCAAGAGGCUAGAAAGUUACAGGGAGUUACAAAGGGAGGAAGAAAGUCUUUAUCUAUCCUAUCGUACGCUAUGUUUACACAGAGCUCAUGGGGUUAAGUCAUAUUUUCAAAAAUGAAAGUAUUCCUUGUACGCUUAUGAGGACUUUUCAUUUGUUUGCAUGCAGGUGCGCCUGUGCGUGUGAGAGAGAGGUUGGGUUCAUCCUGUCCUUGCAGUUAGUGUGUGUGUGUGUGUGAGAUUGCGCAUGCAUGCGUCUGGGGGGUGUGGGUGGGAUUUUACCUUUUUAAGAUCUGUUGUAUAUCAGACAAACCUCCUGAGGGCUUUAGCAGGUUAAUCUAAGGUUUACUGUAUAUGCUUCCAUGCUUACUUCUUACAAGCAAUGCUGUUGUUUACCUUUAUGUUUGUUGUUGUCGUCUCUAGCUGUUUGUUUGUUUGUUUGUUGUUGCAUGGGAGCUUGUGGACCUCUGCUCAGUAGCAGCAUGCUGAAGGUCCUUUUUCUUUCUUUUCUUUUUCCUUUUGUGUUCCUGACCACAAGAGAACACUAGUGAGCCAAUAGUGUGAUACCAGAACACUAGUGAACCAAUGUGAGUGUUAGAACAAUACUGGACCAAUAGUAUUGCACCAGAACAUGAGUGGACCAAUGAUAUUGGACCAUAACUUUGGUGAACCAAUGGGAGCACAGAUUAACUUCAUAUUUUGGUUCCUGCUGUGGACAAACUAGAAAUGCACUAAAUAAACUCUUUGUAAAGAA